AUGGUGCAGAUUCCUACGGAUAUUGAGGAAAGUCAGUGGCAAUUGGGAAUCGUUGGAGCAUUACGUUGUGAAGGAGGACGUGACGAAUAUCAUAGGUUACCUAUUCCAGUAAAAUGGAUCAAAAGUGGUACGUUGGUGGAGUUUGAAGCCAUCGGAGAAAUUUGUUCGCAAUACAAUACAAGUGAAACAUGCCAAAAUGCAACGACAUCGACUAUGACAUGUUUUUGGUGUGACAAAGGGAAGAAAUGUAUAGAAAGUAACAAUCAGAACACUCAUGGCUUGAAAGUCAAUGACUGCCGUGUUGAGAAGACCUCGGAUGUCAACGAUUUGAAUAGUUCAACAAAUACGGAACACAUUGAAAGAACAUUGGGGAUCACUGAGGUUCAGGUUAGUGAAAACCUCAUGAAAACUACUGGAGAAACAGAUAAACACUUGAAUAGAACUACCAGGACAACGGAUGAAAAUAAGCAACACAAGUCACAUUGGUACUUGUACGUUGUAAUUCCUUUGGUCGCCUCUCUGUUUCUUAUAUGCAUCGGUUGUAUAGUUUGGAGAUGGUUAUUUAGAAGAAAGAGAAGUAAUGAAUGA